AUGAGCUGCGCGCGUGAACUUUCAAUCGGGCGGUCGCGGAAGGAACUAGGCGGGAUCCGGCGAGAGUACGUCUCUUCCUCGCUCUCUCAUCUGAUGGGCUUAUUGGGUUGGCUAUCUUUGGACAAAGAGUCUGGACAGGCACCUCAAGUGGUUGGCUGGGUCUGGCAGGCCAUGGAAGUCGACGCUGUGAUCCUCGAUAGGCAUCAGGAAGAGAAGGAAGAGGAGCAGGGGCCAAUGAGAAAAUCGCCGAGUGUUUGCUGGGAGAGGGAUGAUGAGCUCAUGCGCAGGGAGGCGGCGCAUCAACAAGAGGCAGACAGACAGGCAGCGGCGGAGAUCAAUGGGCCUCAGGCUUCAGUUGGGGGCGCACAGACCUGGCCAGGCUCCGCACAGCGGCGCCCAGCCCUGUUCUGGACAGCAAACGUGGCAACAAUCCGGCCAAUCACGGCCCGCGGCGGCUGGCUUGGAUCCCCCGUUCUUCUCGAAGGAAGCGGGCGAUUGGCUCUGCGCUGCUGCCUCACUUUCGUGUUUGGCAUGGUCGGGUGA